UCGGCAGCCCGGCGGCGGGCGGAACGGAGCUCCGCCGCGGGGCCAGGCGGCGCGGGUACCGGGACGGCUGGGCCGCAGGAGGCGGGGUUACAGCGGGGUCCGCCUGCGGCGAGCCUCCUGGCGGUGGGUGACCCGCGUUGGCCUUUCCGGGCCCAGCCCAACGCCAUGCCCAGUCCCCGCGGCGGCCGCGAGCGCCGCAGCGCUCGCCCCGAGUUCGCGUCCCUGCUGAACCAGCGCGGCCCCGGGGUCCCGGACAGCCCGUCCCGCCGCCGCGAGUCGGCUGGCUCCGCGCCCCCGCCGCUGCCCGAGGAGGACUGCAUGCGGCUGAACCCGUCCUUCGUGGGCAUCGCCCUCAGCUCUCUGCUCGCCGUCGACCUCUGGGCCUCCAAGCGCCUGGCACUGGUGCUGGAUCUCGUGCUGGUGGCAGUGGUGAAAGGGAUCGUCAGACGGCCACGGCCUACCCACAACAAGAUGGACAUGUUCGUCACCGUCUCAGUGGACAAGUACUCCUUCCCAUCAGGCCAUGCCACCAGAGCUGCCCUGGUCUGCCGCUUCGUUCUGCACCACCUGGUGCUUGCCAUCCCACUGCGGGUCCUCGUGGUGCUCUGGGUUCUCGUCGUUGGCAUUUCAAGGGUCAUGCUGGGCAGGCACAAUGUGACGGAUGUGCUCUUCGGCUUGUUCCUGGGCUACGUGCUGUACAGCGUGGUGGAGUACUGCUGGCUCUCCCCGCUGAACGCGCCUGCCCUCUUUGCACUCUGGAGCCAUUGAUGGCUGCACCCCUCCCAAAGGAGAGGGCAUACACCCUGUUCUCUAAGUGCACAUGGAGAGGGGUUAUGCUGCGACUCCUAUCCGUCCAGCCAACACUUAACACUAGUGGUGCUGCAGGCUCCCAGGCCUGCAGUUAGACACUUGGUGCUGUCUUGCCCUGCUGACGGGCAGUGAGGCAGAGCGUGCGCUGGUCAAGCAGCUGCAUUGACUACUCUCCAGUGACAAACCGGUCCCUGCAGAGCCUGGGAAGAGGUCAGCACAUCCAUCCGGCAGCUCACUGCUGAUACUGUGAAUCAGCAUGCCCUUGCUGGGCACCUGCUGUAUUAGCCUAUGGUGUAUGUGGUAGCUGGGGCUUUGCAGAGGUUUCUCCGCAAUUACCCGUGUAUCUGUGUGCUAUAAAUACACUGAUCAUGUUGCUGUUGUGAGUGCACUUUCUGCAGUCUCCUCCGUAAUACCCAUCUAGGGGGGGACUCAUCAAGAUCUGUUCUCAUGUUUAUAAAGAGUUCUGCCUUCUAA